GCCGCGACUCCACGCGUCUCCCAGCUUGAGAUCCCGGGCUGCGGCUGCGCUCCGGGCAGGACGCUGCAUCUCACCGCGGAGGCCCCCGCCGGGCACAAUAAGUGGUCCAAAGUCCGACACAUCAAGGGCCCCAAGGACGCCGAAAGGAGUCGCAUUUUCUCUAAACUUAGUCUCAGUAUCCGCCUGGCCGUUAAAGAGGGAGGCCCCAACCCUGAGUUCAACAGCAACUUGUAUAACAUCUUAGAAGUGUGUCGCAGCAAGCACAUGCCCAAGUCAACGAUUGAGGCAGCACUGAAAACUGAGAAAACUAAGGAUAUUUAUUUGCUGUAUGGGGGUCGAGGCCCUGGUGGCUCUUCUCUGCUCAUUGAGGCAUUAUCUAAUAGUGGCUUCAAGUGCCAGUCAGAUAUUAGACACAUCCUGAACAAGAAUGGAGGAAUGAUGACUGAAGGAGCACGCCACUCCUUUGACAAAAAGGGGGUAGUUACCACUGCAGUGGAGGACAGAGAGAAGAAACCUGUGAACCUGGAGCAUGCCCUGGAGCUGGCAAUUGAAGCAGGAGCUCAAGAUGUCAAGGAAGCUGAAGAUGAAGAAAGGAACUUUUUUAAAUUUAUUUGUGAUGUCUCUUCACUGCAUCAAGUGAGGAAGAAGCUAGACUCCUUGGGCUUGUGUUCUGUAUCCUGUACCCUGGAGUUCAUCCCCCACUCAACAGUGCAGCUGGCUGACCCUGACCUCAAGCAGGCUGCUCAUCUCAUCCAGGCUCUUGUCAACUAUGAAGAUGUGAUUCAUGUCUAUGACAACAUUGAGUAACCAGUCUGCAUGUGCCCUUGGCCCCUUCCUGGGCAAGUGUCAGCCGGUCCUGGAGCACAGGCUCCUACAAUCUCUGAGAGGGAAGCAGGUGGGAAAUGUAGCAGAUUAGUCCUAAGGCCAGGAUUUGUGGCCUUGAGGCCAAGGGAAUCCCAUACUUCUGUGUGGCUGCUUUGUCAGCUCUGCUGGUAUCUCAGCCCUCCUGGAUGCAUGGUGGGACCAGCCAGUUGGGGUGACUCUGACCUCAGGUAGUUGGCCCUUGUGGGAUUUUAAGUACCCCGAGGUACUAUGUACUAGAAACUGCUCUUUACUUGCUUUAUUUUUUUCAAAACAGGGUCUUGUUAUGUAGUUCAGGCUGGCCUUGAACUCACUAUG